AUGGCGAAGGGGGAGAUCACCCCGUUUCCUCUCGACUUAUCCCCCAACACCCGACCAGCCAACUCGUCCGCAUCGACGUCCAACGCCGCCAGUCCGAACACCGGCACGGCUCCGUGCAGACCACCCUCCUUCUCCCUCCCUGGCCCCGUGCAACGCCUCCUCGAUUUCGGAUCUAGUCCCGUGCGCGAGGGCGAAAAGCCCGCUCCUACGCCCUUGCGCUCGCGCAGCAUGACCGCGCCCAGUUCUCCUACGGAACAGAUCCCGAUCCUCACGCUCAGACUGAGCGGACCAUCCUUCCUGGACACAGUCAUCCGCGAUAUGUGCACAAAAGAGCCACUGUAUAUCAUCCAGACUAUGGCGGAUCUGACUCAAAUAUACCGCCUGGACACCAAGGCAGGAGAGGCGGGUAAGGCCGCCACGAUCCAGUGGCCUCCAAACGUGUCUAUGACAGGGAAGGGCAAGAUUCGAUCAGGUAAGAGCGUGCAGAUGGGAAGCGGGAGCUGGAGGGAAGUGGAGGAUUUCUUGAAAGUUGGGACGCUUGGUGCUUUUGCGAGCCGCAAGUUCAAUCUGCCUCACUUCCCUCACAGUCUCAAAUGGAGGCUUGUACCCGGCAGUUGCUAUGUUUGCAACACUGCCGGGAUCAAGGGCCCGAUCGCCGUGCUUGACGCUGCAGUGCUUUCCGCUUCGCCACGUCUGCGGAUCUACGAAACUCUCAUCUCCCCAGACCUGGCGCGCAGUCAACAGAAUUUUGCCGGCAUACCGUUUCUACUCAUCGACUACCUAGUUGCCACCGCCCUCCUCUUGACGACAACAACGCAGGAAUGGCUUGACCGGCCAGCGAACGCGCCUUUGCCUGGUUCGAGUUCGCGUACAGUGCAAAAAUGGCUGAGGAUCCUCCAUCCAGAGUCAUACCCGGCUAGGGAGAAUGAUCGACCGGUUCAAAAUACGAGGCCGCAAGGUGAAACACCGAUAUCCAGUCCUACGACGCCAUUUUCGAGUGCUGGAAGUUCCUUCGUCCGGGGAUCGCACCAUUCAUGGCCUGCGAGUAGUGCAUCGGGCGGCAGUGAGCAGAUCACGACGCCUACAACGCCGUCUACGCAGUCGUCUUCGUCAGGAAGCCGUCGUCCGGCGAGCGCAGAAGCUCUGUCGUCUACAGUGAAGGAACCAAUACAAGAGAGUGAGAGGCAGGCCGGACCGACGCCGGCUGACGUGUCCGUUCCGAACGCUGCUACUGUUCCUCCCACUCCAUCUGCGCCACCACAGGUUCGAUUCCGUGUCGCAAACCCUGAACCUAGUCCCAGUUAUUUUGCCAGCACCUCCACGCCAAUGCCGCCCCAGCCGCGGGAUUACACCUCGCCGCCUCCCGCCACGGCCCCGUCUGCUACUGCUCUCGAGUAUGCAUCAGUCAAUCCGAGACCAUCGACAAUGUCUUCGCAUCCAUUCGCUUACGACUCCUUUCCCCGCCCAUCUUCCUCAUCCCGCACGACUUCGGUACGCAAGCCCAGGCGGCUACCGACGCCUCCCAUAUCGCAGGACCAACGUGCUAUUACAUCGCAGGGCCAGCCGCAGAUACCUGAGCUGUUCCGGGCGAAAUCCGGUCCCUCUGCUCACCGCCCUCUGCACACCUCUGCGUCCUACGCAGGUUUGAACGCUUGGAGCGCCGCUGCUCAGGCAGAGGCCACUGUGAGCGGGUCGAGGGCACCGGUGAGGCGUAGUUUACGGUCGAUGCGGAUGAUACCACCGGCUCUUCCCCCUCCACAACACGUCCCGCUGCCUGUCCCGCCGAAGCUCUCGAUGGAGUACGGACAUGGGGAUAGCCUGAACGGCGUCUCAGAGGCGGGAUGUGGACGGGCACAGCGUGACCUUGCGCCGGCGAUGAGGUCACUGGCCUUGACGUCUUCUGCUGACCCGCCCCGGCCGCACCCGCUGCCGCAGCCACCACCGCAGAUUGAGCACGCAUAUUCCCAUUCUCGCGGCGCUAUGGAUGGAGGCGGUGUGCACGUAGACGCUGGGCGUGUGCGCGCGUCGUAUCCACAUGUUGACCAUGUCACGGAGACUGACAGCGUGUACGAAAUGCCUCCGCCGGCGUACGAUGCUAUCGACUUUUCCGUGAGGGUGCAAGUCCCUGGCGGACAUGGAAGGCGCAGAGGCCGAGGCCAGUGA